AUGCCGCGCCAGAGCAGCCGUCCCUCUGCGAGUGCACCGCAGCGCGCCGCGCCGGCACCGUCCCAUGGUCGCGCGGCCCCAGCGCCAGCAGCUACGCAGGCACCUCCUCCUGCGCAGCAUGCUCCAGCCCCUGCACCUGCAGCGGCUGCUCCGGCAGCUGCUCCCGCAGCUGGCGGAGGCAUGAUGUCGGGCCUCAUGGGCUCUAUGAUGUCUGGCAUGGCCACGGGCACAGGCAUGGCUGUGGCCAACCGUGCUGUGGAUGCAGUGAUGGGCCCGCGCCAGACAGAGGUGGUUCACCGUCAUGAGGGUGCCCCUGUUGCUGCCGCUUCUCCUUCGUGCCAGUUCCAGCAGGACCAGCUUGAGCAGUGCAUGAAAUCCUCCAGCAAUGCUGCAUCGUGCCAGUCCUUCAUGGAUGCGCUGAAAGCCUGCCAGCAAGGCCAGUGA